AUGAUGGUCCAACACACAGCCCCAACUCUAGUAAGCGUCUGCAUCGGACCAUGGGACCACAGCUUCGCCACUCUCCGCACAACGAAGGAAUGCGUCCUCGCCAUUCCGGAUGCCAGCAUCGCCGCGCAGGUCGUCGAUAUAGGCAACUGCUUUGGUGAGACGAUGGAUAAGUGGGCCCGGUUCGGGUUCGAGCCGCUUCCGGCUGGGAAGGUUUCGGCGCCGCUGGUCGGUGGGGAUGGUGUUGUUGCGAAUGUGGAGUGUGUUGUUGAGGAUGGGAGUCUGGUGUCGAGGUUUAAUUUGUGGGUUUUGAGAGUUGUGGGGGUUUGGGUGAGGGUUGGGGCUGGGUUAGAUGGAGUGACGGGGUUGGAGAGGAUGAUCCAUCAUCGUGGGGAUGGGAGGUUUGUUGUUGAUGGAAGGUUUCUGUUGUGA